CGACUUUCUCAUGACAGGCGAGAUGAGCGGUCAUUGACACCCCGUUUACCUGUCAUUUUUCACUCUCCCUUCGAGUCCUUGGUGAUAUUUAGUAAGAAAAUCUGACAGAGUAUGGAAGUGUUGAUGACUCGGGCUGAAACUAUGGUAUGCAAGGCCAUAGGCUCUUGGAUGGCAGCUGCUUGACUUCCUUCCCUGUUUUCUAGUGGGAUAGAGAGCAUGCAAGAAAGCAGGAACGUGGCUAACAAGUGAUGGCUUGACGUGCCAAAAACUGGCAGAAAUGUGUUCGGCUGGAGGAAAUAGCAACACAGGACAAGGGGGGGAAGGGGUAGAGAGGGAGAAGAGGGUAGAAGAUGAUGAGGGCACAGGGCAGAAGCUCUGUGCUGAGGAGUAUGCUCGACUGGCCAGGGAUGGCAUACAGCUUAUGCUUAAUAACAAGUUCACGGAGGCUGAGGAGCUCUUCCGUCACCACACCCAUGAGAAUCUUCACAUGGCCAUGGGAUACUGCUACCUCACAUUUAUGAAUGCUGUUAUGUCCUUUGAGGAGGAAAAAGUCAGUCACAGCAUGGAAACACUACGUAACAUGGAAAGAAGAUGCGGAGGAGGAGAGAAUGGAUGGUUCUCAUCUGUUAAGAGCAUUGUAAUGGGCUCUAAAAAUGGCCAGGACCAAGAUGAAGAACCUGGAUCACACUUAGAGCAACAGGUAGUUCUUGCCGAUUGUCAAGUCCUGUUAGCAAUACUCACCUUUCUUCAGCAAGAGAUUGGUUCUUAUGUAAAAGGAGGUUGGGUUUUGCGUAAAGCUUGGAAGGUUUAUGAACACUCAUACUCCAAGGUUAAGAGAAUGUACAAGCAGACAUUUGGUGAAUCCCAGGAAGCACCAGGUAAAGGAACGCCAAAUGGGGAAUAUCCUGGCUAUAUACAUGUAAGUACCGAUGAACUACAGAGCCCAGGCUCUUGGUCAAUUGGCUCCACAGGGGUGCCUGGCCCUGCAGAUGAAAGCCCAAAGUCUGGCACAACCCCAGCGGCCACUUCAAGUUUAGGAAUCCGUAUUCCAUUAUCAAAAUCAGUGCCCAAUCUGAAGGGAUUUCUCAACUCAAAUCACAAGCAGCAAACCAAAAACAAACAGUUACCUCCGGACAUGGUGAUGAGGCUGAUGGCAUCAGUGAGCUUUGGCUACGGGCUCUUCCAGCUGUGCAUGUCCCUCCUUCCGCCCUCCCUCCUCCGUCUAGUAAACGUGCUGGGGCUGCAAGGGGACAGGAUGGCCGGCCUGUCGGCACUCAUGUUUACACGCAAGUCCAGUGACAUGAGAGCUCCUUUGGCUACCCUGACUCUAUUGUGGUACCAUACUAUUGUCCGGCCAUUCUUUGCCCUCGACGGAAGCAAAGUCCGUGCGGGUGUUGAAGCUGCGCACCUUUUGUUGCAGGAAGCCCAACAGAACUAUGCCCAUUCUGCUCUCUUUCUCUUCUUCAGAGGGAGAGUCCACAGAUUGCAGGGUGACAUCACGGGUGCGCUGGUGUCCUAUAGAGGAGCUUUACAAGCCUCUCCGCAAAGGGAACUGCAGCUCCUUGCCCUGCACGAGGUGGCAUGGUGCCAUCUGCUUCAACUGAACUGGAAUCAUGCCCAAGGUGCCUUCGCAAAUCUCAAAAAGGAGUCUAGAUGGUCGAAAAGCUUCUACGCCUAUAUCUCUGCCGUGUGUCUUGGAGCAUCAGGUCGACAAGAAGACUGCGUAAAAGACAUGAUGGAAGUACCGGCGCUAGUCAGACGUUCCAACCAUGCCUUAGAAACAUUCCUCUUGCGUCGGGCACUCAGAUCCAAAAGUGAUGUUGUGACUAAGAACUACUGCCUUCUCCGUGCCUAUGAACUUCUAUAUCUUUGGAACGCAUUGGCAUCUUGUUCUGUGCAACAUCGCAUGCACAUGGUAGAAGAAUGCCAGGCCAUGGGACAGUGCGGGGAGACGGAGGGCCUACGUCACCUCAUCAUGGCUGCUGUCUUAGAUACUCUGGGCUCAACGGACGAUGCUAUUGAGCAUUUUCGACUCAGCAUCCAGCAUGGCCUCUUGAACCCAGAGGAACUGUGUAUUCCUGCCUUUGCCUCCUAUGAACUUGGUCUCCUUCUGGCAGCUGAUGAAGAGACGCUAGAUGCAGGGAAAAAGUAUCUUGAGGAAGCCCGAGACAAUUACCACAGCUAUGACUUCGAGAACCGCCUUAACGUCAGAAUCCACGCUGCACUGAAGAAUUUACCGUAACUUAUCAUGACUUACUGUAUCCCCAGAGUCGGUUGUUGGUUGUUGUCAUCACAUUGGUUGUCCAGUCAAAUGAAUUUCUAUGGUUAUUUAAUUAUUUUCUUACUAGACCAUAGCUGCAUUUUGUAUUUAAUGACAUGCUCAAUAAGUGUUUGGGAAAUGCAUUUGCACGUGCUGUGAACGAUCUCAGUCGCUAUUACCAAAAAUAAGUGUUUGUACUGUAUACUCUGAUUAACGAGCUCAGAUUUAUAUAUUUAUUUAAAAUUCACCAGACUAAAGUUUCUUGAUGGAGAAUCACAUAUGUAAAGUAAGUUGGUACAACAUGCUUUGUUCUUGUAUAUUAACUCAGUGCCAGAUGCCAUCUGUGAGUUACUUUAUAAUUUAGCUUUACACAUAGAUGGUUCUGUGAGUACUUAUUCAUGAAGGAGUCAAUUAUUAAUAAUUACCUUUAUCACCUGUUUACCCUUUUUCUUGAUAUUUAAAAGAUAUUGUGCAAAUUGUAAUGCCAAUAACUAUAGAAAUAGCAUUGAAUUUGAUAGCAGUAAUAAAGAAAAAAAAAAAUCCGGAGAACUCAAGGAAAGGUGAAAUCAGAUGAGGUCACAGCAUCUACUAAUAGACUGCUUGGUGGCUAAGCACCUGUAGAACCAUCUAUGUGCAGAGACAUUUCACAAGACAGCUACUGUGAACACAAUUUUUUCAUAGCGGCAUUGGGUUAACCCGUUGGAUCCGGUUGUGUCACGGAAAUCACAGUGCCGAAAAUACGGGCAGUGGGUUAUGUAAGUAGCCAACUUCCCGGUGUGCGGUGCGUACACUGGGCGCGUGCAAACACCCAUGGGCGGUGACAAGACUGCCUCCCCUUUGCAAAGUUAUUUUUCGUAUUUUUUUUUUUAGCCUUUUUGCCAUUUUUCAAUGCCCAUAUUGUCUUUUGAUUUGCUUUACCCAGAUGGUAAUGGCUUAUAUCCCCUGCACAGACUCCAUAUCAUAUCCCUAUGUAGUAAAUAACUAAGUGCAAGUAAAAAAAAGUAUGGAACAUUUGGUUAUUUGUGUCAUAUAUAUCAUUUUUUAGUAAUUUUCAAUUUUCUGUAGUACAACCUGUGCCACCGGUCACAGCAGCCAAGAAUACGGUGUGCAGCAUGGAAAUGGCAUCCUCCCUGGAGGUGGCACCCUUCCAUUUAUGGCUUACGCACAUUACAUUCCACAUUCGUUUAUUGGUGGGAAUAAUGCUAAAGCCCCAUUUUAAGCGCCAAAUGAGUCUAAUCAUACUCCAAGAAGUUUGUGCACUCGUGGCGAGUCUUUUCCGUCACCCUGGCCUUUGCUCAUAACGGCAUGUUCACGUCACCCAGCCCUCAACCCAGAUUUUUCCAUGUGCACCGCAACAUCAUCCGGAUCGUAGGGGUUAAGGUGUGAGUAAUGGGUCAUGUGUAUGUAUGUAUGUAUGUAU